ACAGCCUUCUCAAGUCAAGACUCAACACCAAUACACCAUGGCUUCCUCCUAUCUCUAUUCCCUCCCUCUCUGCAUUGUCAUUCUCUUUCUCUUUUCCUCCUCAUCACUUGCCCAAGAUCCCUCGUCCACCCCAGUUGCACCUGAAAAUGCUUGUAACUCCACCCUUUAUCCUUACCUCUGCAAGUCUCUUCUUCCACGCAACCAGUCGGGCAACAUCUACGACUACGGUCGGUUUUCUGUUCGGCGCUCUAUAUCCGCGGCAACCAAGUUCUCGUCUCUGAUUGAUCGGUAUCUCCGAGGCCGGUCAAAACUGUCCGCAACUGCCAUUCGGGCCCUGGAAGACUGUCGACUCCUUACGGGACUAAAUUUGGAUUUCUUGUCAACUACAAUCAAUACGAUCGGUUCUGACAAAGCUCUCCCCAGCUUGCAGGCCGAUGACGUCCAGACCUUGCUUAGCGCCAUAAUGACUAACCAACAGACUUGUUUAGAUGGCCUCCUGGCAACUGCAUCAGCUUGGAGUGUCAAGAAUGGUAUUUACACCCCUCUCUCCGAUGGAAACAAACUCUAUAGUGUCUCUCUGGCGCUGUUUACUCGUGGUUGGGUUCAUAAAAAGAACAAAGCCAAGGGGAGGAAGCUCAUGUUCUCCGACACGGAAGAAGUUCGAGACGGUCGCCUACCUCUGAUGAUGUCGAGUCGUAUCCAGAAGAUGUACGAGUCGGCGAGCAGAAGGAAGCUUGUUCAGACAACCAUACCUAAUGUCCUAGUCAGUGAUUUGGUGGUGGUGAGCCAAGAUGGAAGUGGAAAUUUCACCACCAUCAACGACGCUGUAGCAGCAGCUCCAAACAACACCAAAGCAAGCAAGGGCUACUUCGUGAUAUACAUUGCUGCUGGGGUCUACGAGGAAUAUGUAUCCAUUGCUAAAAAUAAGAAGAAUUUGAUGAUGAUCGGUGACGGAAUUAACCAGACCGUGAUCACAGGCAACCGAAGCGUGGUUGAUGGGUGGACUACAUUCAACUCUGCAACCUUGGCUGUUGUUGGACAAGGGUUCGUCGCAAUAAAUAUAACAGUUCGCAACACAGCGGGGGCAAUCAAACACCAGGCAGUGGCCGUCCGGAAUGGAGCAGACCUGUCGACCUUCUACAGUUGCAGCUUUGAAGGUUACCAAGAUACCUUAUACGCACAUUCUCUCCGGCAGUUUUACAGGGAAUGCGACAUAUAUGGCACCGUCGACUUUAUAUUUGGGAAUGCUGCCGCUGUUUUCCAAAACUGCAAUAUCUAUGCGAGGCUGCCGAUGCAGGGACAGUUCAAUGCCCUAACCGCCCAAGGUAGAACAGACCCGAACCAGAACACCGGCAUUUCAAUACAUAAUUGCAACAUCAGAGCGGCCCCAGACUUGGCUUCCAGCAGCGGCACUACUAAAUCCUACCUCGGACGACCAUGGAAGGAGUAUUCUAGGACUGUGUAUAUGCAAUCCAUCAUUGAUAGCUUGAUAGAUCCCGCCGGUUGGAAGGAAUGGUCCGGAAACUUUGCGCUUAGCACACUCUAUUACGCUGAGUAUAACAACACAGGACCCGGAUCAGUGACUACAGACAGGGUUUCAUGGCCAGGCUACCACCUGAUAAAUGCUACGGAUGCAGCCAAUUUCACAGUUUCUAAUUUCAUAUUAGGGGAUAGUUGGUUACCCGCCACCAUAGUGCCUUACAGUGGUGGCCUACUGUGAAAGCCACCUUCACCCUUCCGUCCUUGCUGUUUUUUAUAAUUAAUCUUUUUUUUCUGUAACUGUUUUAUACACAAUUUGUUUUCGUUCAUCCAAUUAUUGUAUUGUUCAGUAAGAUGGAAUUGAU